GAGGAACCUAGUAAAGAAGUGUAAAUGGUGAUGUUGUGUUCUCCUUAAAUCUCUUUGAAAAUCAAGAUCCAUUUUUAUAAAGUUUUCUACACGGGGUAUUUUAUUUUAUCAUUGUUAAAUUAUCUGGAGAUUAGUCGUUUAAGAACAACGCAUUCUCAUGUCUUACCUUUCUGGUGACGUCAAAACCGGAAAUGCGUGAAGACAGGCCCGAGGAAGCUCAAAUAAUUUCAUACCUUGUCAAACAAUAAAGAUAUGUCUCCACAUCGAGUAAAAGAUCCAGGGAUGAAGGGUACAAGGUCAUCUUAUUCCAAUGGAUACCACUCGGAUCAACACAGUAACAGUAAUGAAGAUGGACCAACUUAUUUGAUGGAACAUUUGGCAACUUUUUCAGUUGGACCUCAAUUUCAAUUAGAAACACCAAAAGAUGGGUUGAGACGCUUAUUUCAGAUGGAAAAAUCCAAUGGUAUUUGGACUCAGAAGAUGCAGAUGAAGUUAGACAAAAGGUGGUUGGUUAUUAUUGACUACGAGAAUGGAGAUAUAGUGGAAAAAUUUCCUAUGAAUCUGAUAAGUGAACCAACAGAAUUUACCAGUGAUGAUCCAAAAGAACUGUACAAUAACAUUGUUGUUUUUAUUGUCUUGGCUGACUUGAAGUACAAAGAUGGAACUCCUUCAGAAAUGCACAUCUUUCAGUCAUUACAAGUGUCAGCUAAAGAUGUUGUGACUGAUAUGAAACUUUUUAUGACUGGAAAAUGGAAAGCUGCUUACAGAAAUGACAGACGUAGCAUUCCACCACCACCCACUAAUCCUCCACCUGAAUUGCCUCAUAAUGGAAUUAACGUACGGGAACAGAUACAUAUGUUCAAUGCAGCUGUUAAAGCUCACAGUUCAGGCCCUGCGGUUUCUCAUAGUUCCAGUAGUCCUAGAGACCAGCUGGAACGGGCAGAACAUGUCCGAUCAAGUAUGUCCCGAGAUUCAAAUGAUGAAACAAGUUCAACCACGAGUGAAAGAUAUGAGCGAGAUGUUACCACUCUGAAUCAUUGUUUUGAUGACAUAGAGAGAUUUAUUGCAAGACUUCAGCAUGCUGCUGCAGCAUUUAAGGAACUUGAACGGAGACAGAAGAGCAGAAAAAGCAAGAAGAAAGAUCUUGGAGAUGGAAUGUUGAGUAUGAGGGCCAAGCCACCCCCUGAAAGAGAAUUUCUUGACAUUUUGAAAAAGUUUAAAUUGUCUUUCAAUCUUUUGGCAAGACUUAGAAACCACAUACAUGACCCGAAUGCACCUGAACUUGUCCACUUUUUGUUCACCCCACUGACUGUGAUUGUUGAAGCUGCUAGAGACUCAAACUACGGACCGAACAUCGCUGCCAAGGUAGUGGCUCCCCUGCUCACAGUAGAGGCCAUUGAUCUGUUACAGAACUGUUGCACCUCAAAGGAAAAUGAUUUGUGGCAUAGCUUAGGUGACACUUGGACUGUUUCACGUGAACGAUGGAAAGGUUAUGAAGAUAACUUUCAUCCAGUAUUCUCAGAUGGUUGGACACCAGAAAAUGCUUUUAUAGAGGAAAGAGAAUUGAAUGGACCAGCAGCUUCAUCUUCUACCCAGCGGAUCCACCACCAAGAAUUAAGACAAGCUUCAGAAGAGUUUCGAAGACCAGUUGGUUUACCAUCAUUAGAUCAAGACAGUCCAUAUGAAAGUGACUAUUUUUACAGAGGCGAGCGAGACCGUCAGCCGACAGCUCCUGAUAUUCAUCCCUCGACAUUUGAUAAUCGCCAAUAUGAGCCUCGGCACCUAAAUGUUCCAGAGAGAAAUGAACAAGACUUCAGAGAUUCAAGAUCAGAUGUGAGUACUGAUUCUAUUGAACAAGGCAUUGAUCCUCAUCGACAGUUCGACAUUGAACAACAGAGAUGGUUGGAAGAACUGAAGGCUGCUGGAGCCAAGAUUGUUGUAGUGCUUUACCCAAGAACAGCCAACAAUGACAAAGAAUUGUCUGUAGUGAGAGGGGAGGUGUUAGAUGUUGUUGAUGACAGUAGAAAGUGGUGGAGAGCAAGAAAUUACCGUCACCAGGUUGGGCAUGUUCCCAACACUAUUGUUACUCCCUACCAAGCUGUAAUUCGUGAAGAAGAGGUUAUAAAUAAUCCACUUUAUACUCGAAGUGGACCAUCAAGGGAAGAUUAUCACAGUCAGGGAGAACACAUUGAAGGGAGAGAGAGGCUAGAAGAAGGAUAUUCUGGUUUGAGUCUUCAUAAGGGCCCACAAGGACCAGUCCCUGCUCCUGCCUCAGCUGACUGGGUCCAGCGGGAACGCAGAGGUAAAAAGGGAGAAUUUCGGUAUUUCUGAACUGGUUUGUUACUGAAGCCUUGUUUUUACGUCCAUGUGGAACUCGAGUUAUUCCUGCUUUGUUGCUCUUGUUUCCUUUGACCUGCUUUAUAUCUGUGUACCUCAUGUUAUUUUGUUAUUCAAGAUGUCUGGCCAGCUUUGUAUCAAAGUCCUCUUGUGGUGGGCUUUACAACUUGAUAUUUCAGAAAAGGCUGAAAGUACAAAUGCAUCAUUCACUGACCUCAAAAGUGUAGUA